UUCCCAUUAAAUUCUCUCUCAAACCCACUCUAAAAGUAAGCUGUCCGGUCGAUUAUCACUCCGAUCAAAAUUCUUGUAAGGGCUUUUUGGAUUGAAGGAAUCGGAUUUGUAACUUAAUUUAAGCUCUGGAAGUUGUUGAUGAUAAAAAGGAAGUUUUGGCUACCUAUUAUUCAACGUCAUGGGACAACAUUUGGAACCGCAACAAGUCCAUCCUCACGCUGAACCUUGUAUGGUAUCAUAUGGUGGGGUAACAUGUUAUCCGCAGCCUUUUAACAGUCGCACGAUAAUACCACCUCCAGGAAACAGAACGGGUUUUGAUCCUCGUUACCUGCCAGAGAAUCACGGGUGGCUGCCGUAUGUGAUCACCCAAUACAACGGUGAACAUUGCAAUACGUUCAUGGUACCUUCCGGAGUUUUCCCUGUUCCAAUUAAUCAAGGGGUUCAUGAUCAUUUACCCUUUUCAAACAAUCAUCAAAUCUUUGAAAGGAACAGAAGUCUAGUUAUGGAAGGACCUAAUGAUGCAUUUAAGAGAAAGAACAUUGAAGGGUUCCCUAGGAAUUUUCCGGGUUUUUACCGGACACCUGGCUCGAGUUCUUCGGUUGCCACCUCCGAGGGGACAAUGAUGGAUGCGACAUCUUAUGGGGCUCACAAUGAUAUCCGGUUGGGCAUGGAAGGUGGACUUAACCGAGGUGGCAGGAAUAGAGCCACGGGUGUUAUGGGGUUUGACCAUGUGGGAGUGCAUAACAAUAACCGUUUGAUUCAUGGUGGUCAACCGACUCAAACAGUUCCUACUCCUCUGUUGGACCAGCAUGGUGCUAAUGGCGCUUUCCCAUGGAAUCGCGCUCAUGGUGUACCCUACCUGCAAGGAUGUAUCAAUGGAGAUGGUAUGGAGGCUGCAAACAUGGGGAUUCAUGGAUAUCAAGUUGCAACCAUGAGUAGAAACUCCUCGGCUUAUAUGCAUCCUCCUCCUAUCACAUCUCAUCAAGGGUCCCACAAUCUCUAUCAUCCGCCACCAUUGCCACCUAUGCCGCCACCGGUACAAGCCCAAAACAUGGACGUCCAUUUGCAUCUAGCAUCAACUUCACAUAGGCAUUCUAUAAGCACCUCCACCGGAAAUCCUUUUCAACACAUGGUUGAUCCGGGGCCUAGGUUUGUGGUUCCCACACCACCAAAUGGCCUUAGAAUAUAUGAAGCUCAUCGACGAGAAUUGAUGAUCGAGUCCACCGCAAGACAUCGUAGCUUCCCCAAUUUAAGAGUUCUUCCCGAAGAUGGAGUUGCAAUCCUUGAUAUUUCCGAUUACCAUGAAGUAGGACACUUAGUUGAUCAUCACAACGAUAUGCGCUUGGAUAUAGACCACAUGUCUUACGAGGAGCUUCUUGCACUAGGGGAACAAAUUGGAAAUGUUGGCUCGGGCUUGUCGGAAACUUCUAUUUCGGAUCAUCUGAAAACGAGAACUUUCAGGUCUUGUAAUCCGGAAGAUCCGUUGCCCGCUGAUGAAGAACAUAAUUUCUGCGUAAUUUGUCAGACGGAGUUCGAAGAUCAAGAAAAGAUCGGGGUGCUCGAUUGUCGCCAUGAUUACCAUUCGGAAUGCAUCAAAAAGUGGUUGACGGUGAAGAACACCUGCCCCAUUUGCAAGUCGACUGCAAUUGCUCUUAUUACAAACUAAAUAGACUUCUCUCUGUCUUAUAAAACUAUGGUAAAUAUUGAUAUUUCAUGUAGUUUUCGAGAUUCAACUGUUAAUAACCGUCUAAAGACGAUCUCGUUGCUGGCUUUCAGACCCUCCGUUUGAACCCUUUUUGUAUAGACGUUUUUCGGCCGGUCGGUUCAAUCAUCCUGAGUGAUUGGUGUAUUUAAACUGGUGUUGGUUUGUUUUGUAUGUAUUUUGGUACAAUAUUUAAGUUGAGGAUUCAUUUUGGAUGCUGGUGAUUUUGUAUAUAUGGCCAGUUUAGCUGAUGCCAUUUGCUUGC